AUCGUCCACGCCAGAAGCCAAUCUAUCCCCAUUCCCUGUCUUUCCCAAGUAAAUGUAAACAGAUAGGAAUGCAGAAGAGCCCUUCAUUGCUCUCUCUAUCCCAUGGCUUCCCUCACUCUCCCAAACCACUCUCUCCCCUCUCUACUCCACACUCAAUCUCCCAGACACCCAUUGUCUCAUAACCUCCCAUUUCUCUCCAAAUCAUCCCAAUCCCAGUUUUAUGGCCUCAAAGUCUCUUAUUCUUCCUCUUUGUCAAUCCCAUCUUCUUCCUCAGCCAAGGGCUCCAUUUUUGCCAAGGUGAACAAAGGUACGGUCCCACCAUCAUUCACAUUGAAAGAUCAGGAUGGAAGAAAUGUGAACCUCUCUAAAUUCAAAGGCAAGCCAGUGGUGGUCUAUUUCUACCCUGCUGAUGAGACCCCUGGCUGCACCAAACAGGCUUGUGCUUUCAGGGAUUCCUAUGAGAAAUUUAAGAAAGCAGGAGCAGAGGUUGUUGGGAUUAGCGGUGAUGAUCCAUCAUCUCACAAGGCUUUUGCAAAGAAAUAUAGGCUUCCUUUCACUUUGCUGAGUGACGAGGGAAACAAGGUGAGGAAAGAGUGGGGAGUGCCAUCAGAUCUGUUCGGAACACUGCCUGGGAGACAGACCUAUGUUCUUGACAAGAAAGGAGAGGUUCAACUCAUCUACAACAACCAGUUCCAACCUGAAAAGCAUGUUGAUGAGACCUUGAAACUACUUCAAAGCCUUUGAGCCUCUUUAUAGUCUUCUUCUUUUUUUGUUUCCCCUUCGAAAAGUAUUUUUAUCUUGUAUGAUUCAAGCCCUUUGUAAUUAGUAAUUACUUUAGUUGUUAGCCACCAGGUGUGAAGGUGAUCAUUUCUGCUCUAGAACAGAACACCAAACUAUUUUGAAUUUUUCAGGGAAUGAAAAUCAAGCGUGGUGACUGUUUUGUUUAAAAGACAA